AUGACCUCGUCCCGACCCAACCAGGCCAGCGCAAGCUUCUCUAAUCGACGCGGGCAUUCUAACAAGUUAUCGAUCUCGGACCCAAGCCAUCAUGUAACGGAGGCUAUUGGCACGUUGUACGAUGACGAAGAAGAUGAUUCACCCAUCGAACAGCCCCUCCGCCCGGGCAUCGGCAGUCGCCCACUGAGCUUUAUGCAGUCCCCUACCAAGAGCAAAUCAGCUGACCCCGCCACAUCCCAAUUUCCUCUCACCAAUAUCGAUAAUCCCAAUGACAUAGCCCUAGAACUUAGCAAUCUCCAGGCCCUCAGGAGGAUGUCGAUGGAUGUCGGAAACAAUAAUGAUCCCGACCUGCUUCCCUUUUCUGGCAUGUCUCUCAUGGCCAUGCCAUCCAUAGCUCCUUCUGGCGGUGACGAUGAAGCAGACCCGUCGAGGCUCUUAUGGGUACCGGCUAGGGUUCACCCUGAACUGGCCCCUAUGGAGUUCAAACGGAAGAAGUCCAUGCUAUCGAGGCAAAUCGAUCCUUCUGGUACGAGCGGCGGCGUAGGCUAUGUCGAUGGUGCUGAGAGACUUGGGCGACAGGCGUCGCAGACCGGUCGACUGACACCCGAACUGACCAUUGACGAGCUUGUCAAGGAUCCGAGCAAGGUUGUCCAGAAGCUAACUCAGGACUCGAUGCAAGAAAUUGGCCCAGAUUCCAGCAUAGAAGAUAUGCCUAUCCUCCCGAUUGCUCCGGGUGGAGGCCUCCGUCGCUCUACUAGGACCACGUACCGGAAGGGUGGAAGUUUGCGUGGUGACAGAUUACCGUUUUCGAAACGCAUCGCUUCACGCCAGGCCGAGGCUGACGCAGCCGGUGACAAUUCGCCGCUUCCGGCCCCCGGCGCACCCCUUGGUCACGGUCUCUCUAGAACCCAGUCGGAACCCGUUCCUGAAAACUUCUCGCGGCCAAAUCGCUCUUUAAAGAGGCAGCAAAAUUUACCCCAGGAUUCUCUCGCCGGGUCCAACACAACGACCGAGGCUACCUCGCCGACAAAUGACUCUUACCCCGACCGUGACGCUCCGCCUGAUGGUGCCGCCGCCAUCCCUCAGAUUGUAGAGACGCCACCCGAAGAAAACAUCACCGCUGCCCACGCGCAACGCUUCCCACAGCGAUCAUCCUCUCAGAAAGCCGGCGCUCAGAUCCUCCCACAGACUCAACCCCAGCAUGAGGCCGCUAUCCCCGAAGAACCCCCGCGAGAUCAAGCAAGCGCCAGGGCGGUGCGCGACAAGCUCAGGCACCCUCCCAAGCGACCCCACAGAAAGCCUCUUCCAAAACAGCAGCCCAAACCUCGGCCGGGGAUAUGGGCCCUAAAAACCAGGAGGGAAAAGGAAGACGAUGCCAACAACACAGCACCAUCCAAGUCAAGCUGGAAAUGGUUCAAGGGGGACGACAAGAAGAAGAAGGAUGAUGAUCAUAAGAAAUCUAAAACCAAGGCAUUUGUCGAGAAGGCGCAGGAUAACGUUCGACUUGACGUGAUCCAGACUUCGAUCGAGAAUGCUGUUACGAAAGGCCGGGAGAGCCUCCUUAUUGACCGCGAGAGUCCUGACAACAGGCUCGACGAAGAAAGGAAGCGGCAGAGCAACCGGAAAUCGGAUUCCAAAAGGAGAAAGACGAUGCAGAUCCCGGUAUCACCCCAACAAAGACGUCUAGAGGAGGAGCGCAGGCGGAGGGAGCAGGAGAAGCAGUACCUAGCGGAGCAGCAGCAACAACAGCAGCAACAACAGCAGCAACACAUGCAAGGCGGGCACGACAGCAUCGACCGAUAUACUUUUGAUUAUCAUCGGGAUGCAAACCAGGCCCAGUAUGGCGAAGCGCAUGCUGCCGACGAGAGCGUUGACUAUAUGGACGACACUCACAUUUACGAUUAUGAUGAGCACGACGACUCCAACGACCCGAAAAACAAUGGGAAUGGCUUUAGUGGCCACGAUGACUACGGGCAACAGCCGAGCGGCGAUAAAGACUACUAUUCGUACGGCAGACAGCACAAUGGUGGGGAUGGUAGGGAUGGUAGGGGAGGGGAUAUGUGGUAG